UGAAUGUAGGGAAGUACAUUGUUUUAUGGUUCAUUACUGGCUUUUUCUAGAAAACGAGAAGCUUGUGGAAUCUCUAAUUGCAGAAAACACUGAGAUGAAGGCUAAACUGAAAGACAUGGGCACGUCACCAAGGUUGCUGUCCAAGGGAAGUGUCUCAAAUGCCUGUUCAUCCUGUGGCUCUGUGAAAGGACUGGAAGAAAUGCGUGCUCAAUACAUUAAAUCCGUGGGCAAGAUAAAGAGUGAUAUGCUGUGUUAUAUCCGUGAAAGUAAGGAGAGAGCUGCUGCAAUGAUUAAGUCAGAGGUUCUAAGAGAGCGCCAGGAGACAGCACGGAAAAUGCGGAAGUACUACUUGACAUGUCUUCAACAGCUUCUUACUGAUAAUGGGAAACAGGAAGGAGCUGAAAAGAAAAUAAUGAAUGCUGCCAGCAAGCUUGUUACAAUGGCUAAAGGACUUGAAACACCUCUUCGACACACAUUGCAGUGCAAAACUACCUGCUCAGCUCUGCUCUUAAAUUCUGACCUGCCAACUGGAGUAGAAUACUCAAAAAGAGAUUGCCUGUCUCAAACUAGGCCAAACCAUAUGGAAAGCAAAUCUUGUGGCAAAAAUACACCUGAAAAAGCUAACGAUAAAGUUGUUCAGAAAUACAUUCCACGUGACUUGAGACAACAAUUUGAUGCAAGACAAACUGAGACACAACAUACGCUUCAUGAAACAGAUACUUCACAUCUUCAGAAUAGGAAUAUCUAUAAACGUCUUGUUAAUGCUGAAAGCGAUGGACUGUCAAAGAUUCUUCCAAAUAUAGAAGAAAAAUGCAGCCCCAUUGUAAACAUAGACAAAGAACUUUUGUGUGCAGCUAGUAAUUUUGCAAAUCCAAAUGUCCCUUCAUUUGCUUGUCAAGGACAGUUAGAAAAUGUAGAUACAGCCAGACUUAAAAAUGGCCCUGCCAUCUCAGGGUCAGCUCAUCACGUGCUUAAGAGUAAAAAUGAAAGAAAAACCUUGAAAGAUGAUAAAUGUAUCCUCUCACGUGGGACCUGGCAAACUACGUAUGAAAGAAUUCAGGACUUUGAUUUUCCCAGAACUCCUGAGAGGGAUGAAGGAAGCUGCAGUGAAUGGAGUUCUGCGAGUGGAAGCUUGCAUCUGGAUGGUUCUGAUAAGUCUGCAGUGUAUCCUGAAGAAGAGCCCACUACUAAUUAACACAGGCAGAGUGUGUACUGUGAAGGACAUGAAAAUUUUGGUGGUACUUGGAGAGAACUCACUAAUGGCAAUGUCAAGAAUCUCAAUGUAAAAAACAGCACUAUAGUUUGCAGUAGAGACCAACUGAGGUCAAACUCGGAUCGUAUUUCAUCUCUUGGGUCUGACAAAUCAAAUUCUGCUAACACGCAAACUAAUACGCUGCCAAUCUGAAAUACAGAAAGAUACUGCAACAAUGCUUUGAAAAGAAUGGCAUGGGAUUCCCAGUCUCUUCAGCAAGGCGCUGAUUCUGGUAGCCCACUUAAAGUAAA